AUGGCUGGCGGUGAGGGUCCGUUCUCGUGCCUGGACGCGCAGUGCCCCGCGGACGGCUCCUUCGACGGCCGCGGGACGCCGUGGGAGGCGGCGCCGUUGGAACAGAUCCGCGACGAGGUGGCGGGCUUGGCCGACCGCUGGGCGAGCAUCGGGGAGAGGCCGUUCUCGAUCCCAGCGCAGACCUAUUACGCCGCCCUGUGCGGGAAUGCUCAGGACGGCAACGGCGCGAGGCUGUAUGCCGGCUGCCUCGCGCAGCUGUUUGACGCCAAUUCUUGCACGGCGCUGAUGACGGCGCUGCGGAUGGUGGUCGUUCUCUGCUUGCUGGAGCCGUUUACCGAGCCCGAGCCCUCGGCCAGGAUGGGAGCACUCCCAGGAAUGGCCUUCCACAGCGGUGGCAUGGGGCAGACGUGGGAGCAGGGGCCCUCGGGCGUGGUCGGGUGGCUGCUCGAGGACUUGUGGGUGUUCCUUCAGAAGGGAAGCUGGCUGAAACUGGUGCAGCUUCGCUGCUCUAUCUUCCCGCUCCUCUUCGUGCUGCAGGACGCGUUCAGCACGAUGGGCCUCCUGCGGCCCGCUGCGGGGUGCUCGGAGGUGGUGCAGGACGCGGCGGCCGCGGUCGGCGAGCUGGUCUCACGGCCAGCGGCGCCGAGCGUGGAGGGGCUGCGCGCGUCUGUGGCCGUCCUGCGCGAUUUGCUCACGCCUGCGGCGGGAGCGGCCGCUCCCGGGCCAUCCAGGGUGCCUGGCUUCUGCGUGCACGCCGCGGCCACGGCGGCGUUGCUGCAGGCGCGCGCGUGGUCGGCGGGCGACCUGUCGGGGCUGCUGCCAGGGCUCGGGCACCCUGCGGGCCUGUACUUCUCCAUGGCCGAGCAUCUGCUGCUGUCCCCCUCGUCGGCCAGCUCGGGCUACCUGACAGACCUGCUGUCUGGCGGCGGCUGGCCGACAGUGGAGCUUCUCGCCCACGCAGAGAUGGGGCUCUGGCCCUUGGGCGCCGCCCGCGACCGGGACUACGAGGAGGCUCGCGCCCGCGCCGCCGCCGUGCUGGAGUCCUCGGUGGUGGCCGACCUCGCGGGCCUUGGGCUCGACUUCGGCUCCGGGGUGCUGGCGCCUGGGGCGUGGAACUCGCUGUACGGCCGCGCCUGGGAGGCGGCCAGGCCGCCCAGCGGGGGCGGGCCCCGGCCGCUCGAGGGGCCCGCCUACUGCGAGGAGGUGGGGGGUCGCGCCCCGGGGCCUGGCGAGGGCGGUGGCCUGUGGGUGGUCGCGUUCAGCCUCUGGGGAGCGGAGCGCCGCUACACGGAGGGGUGCCUCUGGAACGCGCAGCUGGCGGAGAGGUGCUACCCCGGCUGGCGCGUCCGCGUCUACGCGGACGCCGCCUCGGUUCCGGAGCGAGCGCUGGCGCGCCUGCGCGCUGCCGGGCCACACGUGGAGGUCGUCACCGUCGCGGCGGGCUUCCUGUCCGCAGAGGGCAGGGCGGACGUGUGGUUCGAGGGCAUGUUCUGGCGCCUGCUCGCUGCCGCGGAUCCCGCCGUCGAGCGCGUGGUGGUGCGCGACUGCGACAGCCGCCUGAGCUCCCGGGAAGCCGUCGCCGUGAGAGGUUGGGCGGAGGGCCCGUGGGGCGCGCACGUCAUGCGUGACCACCCCAGGCACCACAUACAGGUCGUCGGCUGCUGCUGGGGCGUCCGCGCCGACGCCUUCCGGGACAUAGAGCAGCUGAUCCGGGACUUCCUGGCCUCGGCCGCCGGCGUCGAGUUGCGAGAGGCCGAUCAGCACUUCCUCGCGCGGGUGCUCUGGCCGCGCAUGAGGGAGGUGGGCGUGCUGGCGCACGACAGCUACCACUGCGAGUCCUUCCCAGAGGGCGCCCGGCCGUUCCCCUCGCAGCGCCUGGGACAGGGCGCGGACGCGCUCGGGUUCGUGGGCGAGCAGAUGGACGAGUGGAAUCGCCGCAACCCGCGGCAUCUGGGGCUCCUCAGGCAGCAGCCUGAGCCCCAGAGCUGCUGCGGGUCGGAGGACAAGAGCGCGCUCGCGCCUUCGCUCUUCCCCCUCCUCCACGCCGUCCUGCGCCUUCUCCUUCCUCUUCCU